CUGAGGCCUACAAAAGAAUUGAUUUAUGCAUAGUGUUUUGAUACUUCCAGUUUGAAUGAUGGGAGAUGAUAACAUUACCUUCUUCUUCUUCUUCUCUUUCAUUACACUUACUCUCCUACUUUUGCUUAAAUUCCAGGAACUUGACACACAAAAGAAAACAUUUUUCACUUCUACACUACAAUUUCAUCAUUUCAAGAAGAUUACGCAAUGCUUUUCUCUCUCAACACUGUCUUCAAUUCCACUCGGCCUCAUAUACAGAACCAAUUGUUGGACCUCUUUUUUUAGCUAUAUCAUCUUGUUCUUCCCUCAGUUUUUGCCGGAUACUUCAUGCCCGAGUAAUCAAAUCCUUGAAUUAUAGUGAUGGGUUCAUUGGUGACCGUUUGGUGUCUGUAUACGUUAAGUUUGGGAGUUUGGACGAUGCACAGAGCUUGUUUGAUGAAAUGCCUAGUAAGGAUUUGGUCUCUUGGAAUUCUUUGAUUUCGGGGUUUUCGCGAAGAGGGGUUGUGGGUAAGAGCUUGAUUGCGUUAUGUAGGAUGAGAUCAGUGAUGGGUAUGCAGCCCAAUGAGGUGACCUUCAUAUCAAUCAUUUCAGCUUGUACUGAAAAGGGUGCUCUAGAUGAAGGGAAUUACAUUCAUGGAUUGGCUGUGAAAAUGGGUUUUUUGUUGGAAAUUAAGGUUGUUAAUGCUCUGAUUAACAUGUAUGGAAAAUCUGGUUAUUUAAACUUGGCUUGGCGAUUGUUUGAGGCAAUGCCCACACCGAAUUUGGUUUCAUGGAAUUCAAUUGUUGCGAUUAAUAUUCAAAAUGGGUUUUCUGAUGAAGGAAUUGGUCAUUUUAAGUUAAUGAGAAGGGCUGGUAUUAAUCCUGAUAAAGCCACUUUGGUGACCUUGCUUCAGGGUUGUGCAGAUUUUGGUGUAGGAAAACUAACAGAUGCCAUUCAUGGUUUUGUCAUCAGUUGCGGCCUUAAUGCAGAUAUAAGUAUUGGGACUGCACUCUUAGGUAUAUAUGCGAAGUCUGGGAGAUUAUAUGCUUCACAAGAGGUUUUUGAAGAGAUGAAAAGUCCUGAUAGUAUUGCUUGGACUGCAAUGCUCGCAGCCUAUGCGGUGCACGGGCAUGGCAGAGAUGCAAUUGAUCUCUUUGAUCUCAUGAUAAAGAAGGGUGUGGAGCCAGAUCAUGUUACUUUCACUCAUUUGUUAAGUGCCUGUAGUCAUUCAGGGCUUGUUGCGGAGGCAAAGGCAUACUUUAAAAUUAUGUCCACUGUUUAUGGGGUUGAGCCCAGGUUGGAUCACUAUUCGUGCAUGGUUGAUCUUUUGGGUCGUGCUGGGCACUUGAAAGAUGCCCGUGUGUUGAUUGAAAGCAUGCCCAUGGAGCCGAAUUCUGGCGUUUGGGGGGCUCUUCUUAAUGCUUGUCGGGUUUAUGGUAACAUUGAGAUUGGAGAGGAAGUUGCAGAAAGAUUGUUUGCUCUAGACCCAUCAGAUGCUAGGAAUUAUAUCAUGCUAUCAAAUAUGUACUCUGCUGUUGGUCAGUGGAGGAAUGCAUCAAAUGUGAGAGCCUUAAUGAAGGAAAGAGGUCUCCGGAGAAACCCUGGAUGCAGUUUUAUCGAACAUGGGAACAAGAUCCAUAGCUUUGUUGUGGGUGAUCAAUCACACCCUGACUCGGAGAAAAUAUAUGUUAAAUUGCAUGAAGUUAUUGAGAAAAUUCGGAAGGCCGGAUAUGUUCCAAAAACAGAAUUUGUUCUACAUGACGUUGAAGAGGAGGUUAAACAAGAUAUGAUCAAUAAGCACAGUGAGAAGUUGGCCAUUGCAUUUGGUCUUCUGAUGAUCGAAGCUGGCAGGCCACUAAUUAUAACUAAGAACCUCAGAAUCUGUGGCGAUUGUCACAACACUGCAAAGUUUGUAUCACUUGUUGAGAAACGUACGAUCAUCAUUAGAGAUCCAAAGCGGUUUCAUCAUUUUGCUGACGGGUCAUGCUCUUGUGGAGAUUUCUGGUGAUCUUCUUCUUCUUCUUAUGCUUAUUUAUCACAUACGAAUGCAUGACCAUAUUUAGCAAUUGCCAAAUAUAUGAAAAUAUUCAUCUUCUUAUUGGUUUA